UUGAGAAGUUUUUCCAAACGGAGGUCGUGAAUAGUCACAACUAGGAUUAUACACAUCGCAUCUCUAUGUUGUUGAUGAAAUUAUGUUCAGAUCUUGUUGAUGAUGUUGAUCAAAAGAUGUGCAGAGAAUUUGUAGAAGUUUCGGUAACACAUUCAAUUGAGUGGGGUCUGGUAAAUCAGCCGGCAAUAAUUUCAGACUAAACAAAUCAGUCUUAUUGAGCGAAGCAAAAUAUAAAUAUUCCAGAUGUGGUUAUACCUAUUAUUAUUUUUUGGCGCUAUUCUAACGUACUAUCUAGUAAAACAACACACCUAUUGGAGGAAUAAAAAUGUUACACAAGGACCAAUCGUGCCCAUCUUUGGCGACAAUCUCCACACCGUGUUCCGAAAUGAAUCCUUUUUUCAUAUGAUUAUAAGAAUUUACCAGAGGUUUUCUAAUGAAAGAUACACGGGUUUCUAUCAGAUGAAUAAUCCUAUGUUAUUAAUCCGUGAUCCAGAAUUGCUGAAGAUGAUAACAGUCAAGGACUUCGAGUACUUUACUGAUCAUAUGUCCUUUCUUCCCGUCCACUCGGAUCCUUUAUGGAACAAGAAUUUGCUUGCGUUAAAAGGUGAUAAAUGGAAAGAAAUGAGAGCUACCAUAAGUCCAGUAUUUACAAGCAGUAAAAUGCGGGCGAUGUUUUACCUUAUAAACGAGUGCGCUGAGGGACUUGCAGAUUAUUUUGAAGAAGAGAGCCAAAAGACUCAAGUUGUACGCGAUAUGAAAGAUGUUUUCACCCGUUACGCCAAUGAUGUAAUAGCAACUUGUGCUUUUGGUAUCAAGUGUGAUUCGAUGAAGGAACCCGAAAACGAAUUCUAUGUAAUGGGUAGAAAUGUUUUGAAUUUUGAUAGUCUAUGGAAAAAUUUUAAGAUGUUUACUGUCAUUUUGAUCCCGAAAAUCGCUAGAUUCCUGGAUGUAACAAUAUUCAGCAGAAAAUCGAGCGAGUUUUUCAAGUCAGUUAUAAGUAAUAACUUAAGAAUGCGCGAAAAACAGAAGAUCGUGCGACCGGAUCUAAUCCAUUUGCUGAUGGAAGCACGUAAAGGGAAGCUGACACACGGGGGUGAAACGCAAGAUCAGGACGCAGGAUUUGCAACUGUCCAAGAGUCAGAAAUUGGCAUGAAGGAGAUGAAAACAAAGAUGGAUAUCACCGAUACUGAUAUCACCGCUCAGGCAUUAAUAUUCUUUACUGCUGGCUUCGAAACAGUCUCCACUUUGAUGACAUUCAUGAGCUACGAAUUGGCUGUGAAUCCGGAUAUCCAGAAGAAGCUGCAAGAAGAGAUCGAUGAAACGCGCAAGAAAUGCAAUGGUAAAUUAACCUAUGACACAUUGGCCACAAUGAAAUACAUGGAUAUGGUUAUUUCGGAGACUCUGAGAAAGUGGCCACCCGCUGUUGCCAUGGAUCGUUGUUGCGUAAAACCAUAUACUAUUCCUGCUGCUAGUCCCAACGAAUCUCCAGUUCAUUUGAAGUUGGGUGAUAUCAUUUGGUUACCGAUUAUCGGCAUCCACAGGGAUCCAGAAUACUAUCCUGAACCCGAAAAAUUUGAUCCAGAGCGUUUCAACGAUGAGAAUAAGCAUAAAAUAAAGUCUUUUACUUACAAUCCAUUCGGUUAUGGACCAAGAAACUGUAUUGGAUCCCGUUUCGCACUCAUGGAAACUAAAACAAUCUUCUUCCAUCUUUUAUCCAAGUGCGAGCUCGAAGUAGUACAACAAACAAGAAUACCGUUAAAGAUAAUUAAGAAAGCCUUUACUUUAGAUGUAGAAGGCGGCGUUAGUUUGGGAUUUAAAACAAGAAAACAAAACAAAUAAAAUAAACUUAAUAUUUACUACUAUCUAAAUCAUUAUUCAUUAUUUA